CACAUGAGUAACAACACUACAUUUAUAUAUAUUUUUUAAUUUAUAAAUAUAAAACAAAAUUUGUCCACGCGUAUAAAACUCACCACAUGUAAACCAAAAUAAUCUUUAUAAAAACGAGUGUGUGUAUCAGUGCCUAACCAAUCAAAAAAAAAAAAAAAAAUCAAAAUUACCGUAAAUAAAAAUCAACUCAAACGAUGAAUGAAAGAGUUGAAUUGAAGAAUAGUUUGUGACUAGUAAUAUUUAUUAGAGAAGAAAAGAAAGUUUUAUAAUGGAAGGGCAACAGUUUUGUUUGAGAUGGCAUAAUUUUCAGAAUACGUUACUUAGUACAUUGCCUAAAUUAUUGGAUGGUGGUUACUUGACAGAUGUUACACUAAGUGCUGGUGGUAGGCAUAUACGUGCUCAUAGAAUUAUUUUAUCUGCUUGCAGUUAUUACUUCAAAGAAUUGUUUAAGGAUUUAAGUACUCUGCAACAUCCUGUAAUAGUAUUACCAGGUAUGGAGUACUCAAAUUUAUGUGCAUUAGUAACAUUUAUGUAUAACGGCGAAGUAAAUAUUUAUCAAGAACAAUUACCAGCACUUUUAGCAAUGGCAGAUACAUUGCAUAUACGAGGACUCGCUGACAUUGCCGGGAAAAAUUCACACCACGACAACGGAUUAUUUAUCCAUCCUACGAUACCAAAUGACGAUCCAGAAGUACCAAAUGAAACGACAAUAAAAGAAGAAAAACUAGAAUCAUCAAAUUCAAACUUAGGAUCAUCAAUAACUUCAACUUUAAAUACCUCAAAUACCUCUACAAAAUCAACUAAAAGCGACAUACUCGAUUCAGUAUCACAGUUGCUGCCUAACCAGCUCGCAGAUGAUGAUUUACUUAACGAUAAUCCCCCCGACAUACCUUGUAGCGUUAAAACGAAGCCAUACUACUCAAUAAAUGCAAAACUAGCUCAACGCGAACGGAAACAACAACAGCUCACUAAUUACCAAAACGGACCACAUGCUAAGGACAUAAGUAACUACAAUAACAACGACGCUGUUAAUGACGAUCAAAAUAUUACGAUAGAUGAUAUAAAGAACAAUGUUAUAAGCGACUCAAAUCUACGAUUUUUGACGACAAGCACUGCUUCAGCCGCUGCGGUUGCGGCUGUUGCUUCGGGAAGAACCAAUCAAAAUUGCAACAAAACUAGUGUUACUUGUCUGAUUUGCGGCAAACAAUUGAGCAAUCAGUACAACUUACGCGUUCACAUGGAAACACACAGCAAUAGUUCGUACAGUUGUACUGCUUGUUCCCACGUAUCAAGAUCCAGAGACGCGUUGAGGAAACACGUGUCUUACAGACAUCCAGUGGCAACUCCGCAAAAACGUCCGCGAUAUAGUCUCAAUAAACCUGAAAAUUUUGUGUGAUUUAAGCUUAGAAUUACUUUGUUCGUUUGUUUAGCCAAUUUAUCUUAUUGUUAACCUUUAUUUUUUGUUUAUUCAAAUAUUAUUAUGUUUAAUUGUUAUUUUGUUCAACGAUAUGUUGGAUUUUAAUGCCAAAAUUGGUUAAUUGGUUUGAUAUAUUUAAUAACUAGGUAAAUUUUAUAUUUUUAUCCUUUUGUUUAGAAUUUUUAGAUAUUUAUUGUUAAAAUUCUGUUUGCCGAGCAAAAGUAACCUUGAUAAAAUAUAACCUCUGAUCUAUUGACUGUAUACAGUAUUUUUGUAGAAAUAUUGGGGAUUCCCCGCCACCUAUGCCGGGAAAUUUGAAAAAUUCAAAAUUUUGUGAAGAAAUUUAAAGUUUUCUUUUUAAGGAGAUCCACGUAGUCAAAUUUUUA